GUAAAUAUGUAAGUGAGUGAAUUGGAUACAUGGGUAGGUUUCAGAGGAGAUUUACAUUACUAUACGCAAACACAAGACGAGCAAUUAUUAAAUCAAAGUUUAACACAGUAUCAUGGUGUCGUUUGCUUCUAGCAUAAAUUUAUUACGCAAAAUGGUGAGAGCUGCAAAAUAUUUUCUACUUCCUUCUAGCGCACAGGCUCAUAGCGUUAUGAGCUACUUCCCGCCAAUUAACAUUAUGGACCCAGUGAAAGAAAAGUAUAAAAAGGCCUUUAAGGUGUCCGAAAUUGCAGAUUAUCUACAAGAGAUCGAAGAUUCAAGUGAUGAGGACUUGAAUGAUAUUGAUGUUGUCAUAUUACCUCCAGACGAAGUGGAUGAAAUGACAGACAUAGAAGAAGAUCCUGAUGACGAUAUAAUAAUAAUAAUAAUACCCAACGACUACCCUCCUCAAGCCCAACCUACGCGAGGGUUUUAAAAGUAAGGGUCUAAACUGCUUGGUAGAGUGAGCGGGAACGUUAAAAUUAAUAUCAGAUAAGAGAGAUGGGCUACAGACUGACUUAUUCAUGAGUUUUUCAAGAAAUAUUAUACCAAGCAUCUCCCUACGACUAGCGAGU